AUGGGUCACACCGUCUAUCACGGCGUCGCGAAACACGUGUACUUUAACAAGGAGGUCGCCGUCGGGCUCACGCUCGGGUUGAUCGCCGGCGUGGCGUGGAAGUGGAAUCACUGGGGGCAUCGACAGUCGCAACAGGCGUACUACGCCGAGUUGUCUAAGAAGAGAUGA